AUGGGAUCUCUGUUUCCUUGUCUUGAAGAUGAAAUUGGGUGGGAAUGUCUGGUGAGGGUGGAGUUGAAUUCUCAUCAUAAUCUUAGGUGUGUAUGCAAAAGCUGGAACGUCGCAUUGAAAAGCCCCCACUUUUAUCAAGAAAGAAAAAGAUUGAAGAUUUCCGAGCAACGGAUUUGUAUAUUGCAUGACACACCAGGCCCUCGCGACAGAGUAAGUGUAUACGACCUGGCGGAGAAGAAGUGCAAAACCCUAGCCAUUCCUGCAGAAAUCUACGCCAUCGAACAUUGCCAUUUCGUGAAACAAAAGCUGGUUUUCAUCACGCAUAUGUCUCUCCACUGUGGAAGAAAUUGUGUAUGGUUAUAUGAUUUUGCUUGUUCCAAAUGGCGGCAGGAUGCCAAAGCGCCUAAAUUGCGGACUGAAUUUGCCACCGCAGCAGAUGAGGAGGGGGGACUCAUUUAUAUGGCUGGAGGGUAUAGCAGGCUUGGUGCUGAACCCGUCCGUAGCGCUUCAGUUUACAAUGUGGAGGAGGACAAGUGGGAUCUUCUCCCCGACAUGAACAACUUUAGAGGUGUUUUUGCUGAGGGCAAGUUUUAUGUAAUGGACAACCGGUAUUGUCGCACUAUUGAAGUUUUUGAUUCCUACACAAGAAGCUGGAAAACCAUGGAGAAUAGAUUCAAUAGUUCGCAUUAUUUCUUAAGUGCAUUUGGGCGCUUGCAUUGCUUUUCUGAUAAGGGACUGAUUGAAUAUGAUUAUAGAUGGGAUACCGUUCAAGGUCGAUCUUUUUAUCUGCUUGCACCUCCAAGUGAUCAGACAGGAGGAGCAUUCAAAUGUAUUGGCAUUGACAGACCUUUGGGCUUUCAGGGUUAUGCUAUACAUGCUGCUACGUUGGAGCUUUGA